AAAGGAAAGGAAAGGAAAGGAAAGGAAAGGAAAGGAAAGGAAAGGAAUAAAGAAACUGCAGUCACUUGGCAAAGAUUCCAAACAGCAUUGACCUUUUACCAAGGGCUUACUCAUUCACAGCCAAAGAGGAGCUGGUCCUUGCACAGUAUCAGUAGCUCUAGACAGGGAGGUGUGGGGAGGAGAGCAGUCCUCUAGUCCUAAUCCAACAACUUCUUUUUGUAAGAUUUAUUUUUAUUUUAUGUGUACAAGGCUUGCCUGUGUGUAUGUGUACUGCAUGGGUACCUGGUGCCUGCAGAUGCCAGAAGAGAACACCAGAUGCUCUGGAACUGGAGUUGCAGGUGGCUGUCAGUCACAUGUGCUGGAAACUGAACCCAGGUCCUCUGCAAGGGCAGCCAGUGCCCUUAACCGCUGAACCAUCCCUCAAGCCCCACAUCCAACAACUAAACCGUCACCUCUGCUUAACCCUAUCAGCAGAGCGCCAUACAGCUCAGACCUCAGACCUCACAUCACACAAAUCUGGAGGGGCCGAGGGCUUUUCUGAAAGCUUUCCCUUACAGAUGAGACUGGGCACCUUCAGCAUGGAAUGGCUGAAGGUGAGGCUUCCCCUACCAAACAGGAACUGGACCUGAAAGACCGACAUCUCCUCCAGAAUCUUCCAUGGAGCUGACCAUGGUCUGGGGCUCCAGGCAGGCCAUGCAGAGGGCCGUGAGAUCCCGCCUGUGCUGCAGUCAGAGGAAGAGUGAGCUCCUGCCCUGGGGGUUACACACAACUAACUAAACUUGGGCCAUAGUCUCUGAAAUGUCAGUGAAUGUCCUUGGAGGCUCUGGGAGUGGGUACAGGGAGGUGUUCCUGUGUCAAAGGCUUGUGAAAAGAGAGAGCAGGGCCUCUGGCAGGCAGCAUUUGGAAGGGGAUUGUUGCUUACAGAGGAGCUGCUUUGCUGGGAACCCUCUCCUGUCACGAUGCAUCUGUCACUGACUGCCUUCUCAGUGCUUGGCUGAGCUGAGCUUGUGGCCCAGAUCUGGCCAGAGCCUGGGAAACUGGAGCACAGGACGUUAUGGUUCCCUGUGUCUGUUCUCAGGCUAGGGAGGGGCUGUCAGUCAGUUUGCUCCUUCCAUCAUGCUAGGAUGGGGUGUGGAAGAGGACGUGAGUCCACAGCUUUCAGCCAGAAGCCCUGGCCCUUGAUGUCUCAUUCAGACUUCAGCAUCCUGCAGUGUUCUCACCAUAGCCAGCAAAACUGCCAGCAGGGGAAGCAGCCAGGGGAUGGGGUAUAGAAUGAAGGAGGAGACCCCCUAGCAAUGAGCCUAGAGCAUUCUUGAGCCACCCCCUCCUGUCUGGGCUCCACCCUGUGGCAGGUGGGAGGACAAUGCUGCCUGUGUGUCAUUACCCCUGACAGGCUGGCAAAGGGGAGGGCCACACUGUUGUUCCAGCUCCAGACUGACCUUUCUAGUUGCCUCUCUCCCUCACUCCCCGGGCCCUGCUAUCUUGUAUCUCCAUCUGACAGUGAGGCUUCCUAGCAAGGACCCAGACAUCAACUGCCAAGGUGAGCAGCCCCUGUCUUCUUCCCUCUGCCUGCCAAAAUUAAGCCAAAGAACGGGGACCAACGGCUGUGGUGGUUAAGACUAGCAGCAGGGGUUCAGAGAAGAAUCUGGGAAGUUGGGGUAUGGGGUUGCCGGGUCAUUCAAGUGCAGGCUACCAGUCAGGCUUCUUAACCUGCUUAGGCUCCAACCCAUAAUUCCUAUCCUUCGUGGGGACAAGUGGCAGGACAGGCCUCCGGCUUCUGGCAGGAGGUUCAUCAGUGCCCACAGUGCUCCCCAGCCUCCAUGCUCCCCAUAUCCAGACACAGGGAAAUGUCCAGUUGCCAUUCACUCUCAGAGAGCUAUGGGUUCAUAGGCUAGUUGCCCUUCAACCUUCCGGUUCCUCAGCAGCAGUGUCCCUGAGGAGGAGACCCAGGCCCGCAGCUCAGCCCUGCUGAGUCCAAGCUUGGCCAUGGACUCUGAGUAUGAGAUUGGCCAUGUCCGCAAGCUCCAGGCUCAGCAUGCACAGAUGCAAGAGAAGACCUUCACCAACUGGAUCAACAACAUCUUCCGACUGGGCCGGGUGGGUAUCAGGAUCCAGGACCUGUACACAGAGCUUGCUGACGGUGUCCACCUGCUGCGGCUGUUGGAGCUUAUCUCUGGGGAGGCCCUGCCAGCACCCAGCCCAGGCCACCUGCGUGUGCACUUCCUGGAGAACAACAGCCACGCACUGGCCUUCCUCAGGGCCAAGGUGCCCAUACCCUUCAUUGGGCCGGAAAACAUUGUGGAUGGAGACCAGUCACUCAUCCUGGGACUCCUCUGGGUCAUCAUUCUCCGUUUCCAGAUCUCCCAAAUCUCCUUGGACAAGGAGGAGUUCGGGGCCAGUGCAGCUUUGCUGUCUGCUAAGGAAGCCCUGCUGGCCUGGUGCCAGCGGAAGACAGCGAGCUACACCAAUGUGACCAUCACCGACUUCUCUCACAGCUGGAGCGAUGGGCUUGGCUUUAAUGCCCUCCUCCAUGCUCACAGGCCAGACCUGCUGGACUAUGCCUCACUGAAUCUGGAUCACCCUGUGCACAACCUCUCCUCUGCCUUCCGAGUGGCUGAGCAAGAGCUAGGCAUUGCCCAGCUGCUGGACCCUGAGGACGUGGCAGGCCUGCAUCCAGAUGAGCGCUCCAUCAUGACCUAUGUGUCCUUGUACUACCACUAUUUCUCCCGCCUGCACCAGGGGCAGACAGCCCAGAGGAGGCUGGCUAAGAUCCUGCUGCAACUCCAGGAGACAGAGGAACUGCAAGCUCAAUACGAGCAGCUGGUGGCUGACCUGCUCUACUGGAUUGGAGAGAAGCAGAUGCAGCUAGAGGCUCGGGACUUCCCGGACUCACUGCCUGCCAUGCGCCAGCUACUGGCAGCCUUUGCCUCCUUCCAUGCCCAGGAAAAGCCACCUCGGCUGCAGCAGCGAGGAGCCAUAGAGGCCCUGCUCUUCCAGCUGCAGACAACACUCCGAGCCCAAAACCGAAGGCCAUUCCUACCUCGAGAGGGCCUGGGCCCUGCAGAACUGGCUCAGCGCUGGGCAGACCUAGAGAGGGCAGAGGCCUCCCGGAGCCAGGCCAUGCAGCACAGGCUGCUACAGCUAGAGCGACUGGACACCCUGGCCUGCCGCUUCCAGUGCAAGGCAGCCCUCCGGGAAAGCUUUUUAAAUGAGUCAGCGAAGAUGCUAGACCAGGCCAGAGACUCCCUCACCAACCCAUCCACAGGGGAGGCAGCCACUCAGAGGCUGCACAUGUUGGAAGCUAGCAUCCUGCCCCAGGAAGGGCGCUUCCAGGCCUUGGGAGAGAUUGCAGACAUCCUGCAGCAGGAACAGUAUCACGGCUGGGUAGAUGUGGCCCGCAGGCAGAAGGAGAUCGCUGGGCGCUGGCGGAAGCUCCUGCAGUGUCUACAGGAGCAGAGGAAGCAGCUGGCAGACACACAGGCUGUGCUGAGCCUACUGCAGGAGGUGGAGGCUACCACCGACCAGCUUGGGGAGCUGCAGGUGCUGGCCAGCUCCACAGCCUGUGGGCAACAGCUGGCCGAAGUAGUGUUGCUGCUGCAGAAGCAUGACCUACUGGAGGCCCAGGUCUCAGCCCACAGGACCCAAGUGAACUGCCUUGCCCACCACACAGCGCAACUGAAUUCUUCCCAGGGCACCCAUGUGCAGAUGCUGCAGGCUAAAGCCCUGGCACUGGUUGAGCUUCACCACAGCCUCGUGUCUCUUGUCAGAGCCAGACGCACCCGGCUAGAGCAGACCCUGCAGCUGGCACAGUUCCUGCACAGCUGUGAGGAGGAGGAGGCCUGGUUAAGGGAGCACAGACAGCUAAUGGAGAAGGCAGCCCUGGGCCGGGACCUCUCUCAGAUCUCUACGGCUCUGCGGAAACACAAGGCUCUGGAAACCGAACUCCAUCGCCACCAGUCUGUGUGUGCAGAUCUCAUGCAGAGGGGACGCAACCUCAGUGUCAGAGGGCCCCCAACACAGCCAGAUCCUCUGGAAAGGGCUGAAGCGGUGCAGGGAACCUGGCAGCUGCUCUGGACUGAAGCCUCAAGGAGGCGCGCCCGGCUGCAAAGUGCACUGUUGGUUGAGCAGGAGGAACCUCCAGAAGACUGGAAAAGGCUUGACAGAGAAACAACUGGAGAACCUCAGGGUGGGGUCCAAGUUUUAGCAGCCACAGGCAGCCAGUGUUCACACCAGCAGAUGCCCUUCUCCUCCAGAGAAGAGGCCCUGAAUACUGGGGAGCUGAAAGACUUGGGGAACAGCCAGAGCAGGAUGAACAUCAUCCACAGCUUAGAACAGAAACCCCAGGUGGUGUCUGCCGUGUGCCUUCUAGGGGAAGGCCCAAGGAUGGCUCUCCAGACUGAAUAUGACUUUGAUGUAGACACCAACACCAUACUCCAGGCACAGGCUCAUUUGAGCCAGAACUAUGAGAACCUAUGGGCCCUGGCAAAGCUUCACAGGGCCCGACUAGAGGAGGCAGUAGCCCUGUUUAGCUUCUACAGCUCCUGUAGGGAGCUCCAGUCCUGGCUGGAGGAGCAGACAGCGCUGUUGCAAACAUUGCAGCCCCAGGGUGACAACUUAGAGGUCACACAGCUCAAAUGUGAGAACUUUCUCAUGACCUUGGCCAUCGGAAAAGGCCACUGGGCCGAGGUCAUCAGCACUGCUCAACAACUGAAGCAGAGAUGUCCAGGACACACCUCGAAAAUCCAACAACAAGAGGAAGACCUGAACCAGAGGUGGCAGCGGCUGGAGGCCCUGAAAGAGGAGAAAAGCCUGCAGCUGACAAACACCAUGGAGGUGUGCCGCCUUCUACAGGAGUCUGAAUCCACACGAGCCCAACUGCUAAAUAUGAUAGGCAGGCUGAGGGCUCUGGGACCAGGAGGCUCUGAGGACAACCAUGGUACUCUGCAGUGGACCCAGCAGAAGGUGCUGGUACUGGAGAAGAGGAUCUCCUCCCUCCAAAGAACAACUAUGGAGGUGAUGGGGUCAGGCCCCACAGAGGGCUGGCUGCUUCAGGAGCAGGUGCUGGUGCUGCAGGAUCUGCUAAAGCAAGCGCAAGGGCAGCUGGCCCAGCACGUCCAGAUCCAGACUGAGGCUCGGGUCCAGCGAGGCAUCCUACAAGAGAGCCAGAAGUUGUUGCUGUGGGCGGAGGGCAUCCGGGCUCAGCUGUGUAGCAAAGAGGAGCUGGAGGAUGUGACCUCAGCCCAGGAGCUGCUGAGGAAGCACGGAGGCCUACAGGAGGAGACCUGCCUGUGGCAAGAGAGGCUGCAGCAGUUGGAGGCUCAGGGCCAGCUGGUGGCAGUCUCAGACUCCCCUCAGUCCCAAGAGGUGGCCAGUGCCCUAAGGUUCCUAGGCCAGCAGGGCCAGCAACUGAAGGCUCUGUGUGGGCUGAGGCAGCAGAAGCUUCAGAACAGGCUGGAGUUGCAGAGGUUUGCCCAAGAAGUGGAUAGCUUCAUUGCCACCUGUGCCAGCCACGAGGCCUUCCUGCACCUGGACAAUCUUGGGGAGGACCUAAGGGAGACCCAGAGCCUGCUGCGGCAGCACCAGGGUUUUGGGUGGCUCCGGAGCACCCUAGGAUCUCGGGCUGAGGCCCUGCGGGUUCGUGGUGAGAAGCUGCUCCUGAGCCAGCAUCCUGCUGAGCACAAGAUCAGAGAGCUGCUGCACAGUGCCCAGACAUGGUGGGCCAGGGCCCAGGAGAGGAGUGAGCAGAGAAGGGAGCAGCUGCUGGUCUCCCUCCAAUUGCAAGAAUGGAAGCAGGCUGUGGCAGAGUUAAUGGUGUGUAUGCAGGAGAAGUGGCCCACGGUGGCCGGUGAACCCUCCCAAGCAUGCUGCAACAUUCUUCAGAAACUCAAGUGGCAUAAAAUAACUAAGAGUGAGCUGUUAGCUACCCAUGGGUACAUGGAGGACCUACAGCAGGCUGGGAGAGAGCUGUUGCAUAGCCACCCAUCUGCACAGGAGGACAUACAGGACAGACUUCAGGGUCUGAAUCACAAGUGGGAGGAGUUGCAUUCCAGGAUGGCAGAGCAAGGGGACAAGCUACAACAGACAAGACAGCAGGAGCAGCUCGUGGAGCUACUGCAGGAUGUCAGGGAGAUGCUGGAGCACCUGGAGGGAGCCCUGCAGAGUACUGAGACAGGGCAGGACCUGUGCUCCAGCCUGAGGCUGCAGAAACAGCACUGUCUACUAGAGGACAAGAGUCAGGCCCUGGCCAGCAAGAUGGCUGCCCUCAUCUCUCAGACCCACCGUGCAUUCACUUCCCUGACCAUCCUGGAGGAGAGCCAGAAGUGUCUCCAGAGGUUCAAGUCCCUGCAGAGCAAGCUGGCCACCAGGCACCUGCAAGUGCAGGCAUCAGUUGAACUGUACCAGUUUAACUGCCUUCACAACCUGGAACUCACAUGGGUGGCUGAGCAUAUGCCCAGUACUAGUCCCACCUGCCCUGCCCAUUGCUGGCAUGAUGCCCAGAGCCUUCAACAUAAGCACAAGGUACUCCAGGUGGAGGUGAAAACUCACCUGGGACACGUGCAUAGGGUACUACGUUCUGGCCAGAGUCUAGCAGCCUCUGGGCACCCCCAAGCUCAGCACAUUGUGGAGCAGUGCCAGAAGCUAGAAGGCCACUGGGCAGAACUGGAACAGGCAUGUGAGGCACGUGCCCACUGCUUACAGCAGGCCGUCACUGUCCAGCAGUACUUUCUGAAGGUGUCAGAAAUAGAGACCUGGGUGGAGGAAAAGUGGCCUCUGGCGAGCAGUCAGGAAUAUGGCAGCGAUGAUGCAGCUACCUUUGGGCUCAUUAGGAAACACCAGAUGCUGCAGCAGGAAUUAGCUCUUUGUUGGAGCUCCGUGGAGGAUCUUGAGCAGAGAUUCCAGACACUCCCUGGAUUUGAGGCCUCUGAACAGCUGGGUGUGGUACGGGAGCAAUUGCAGGCGCUACAGAAGCUGGCAGACGCAAGGGGCCAGGAGCUGGAGGGGACCCUGAAGCUACAUGAAUUCAUGAGAGAAGCUGAGGAUCUGCAGGGCUGGCUGGCCAGCUGGAAGCAGGUGGCCAGAGGAGGGGACGACCUUGGAGAGGACCAUGAGCACGUUCUGCAACUUUGCACUAAGUUUGCAAAGUUCCAGAACAAAAUUGAAACUGGCGCCCUGCGAGUAGAGACCUGCCAGCACCUGGCAGACAGCCUGCUAGAGUGUGGGCACAGCGCUGCCCCCAAGGCCCACCAGAGGCAGAAGGAUCUGCGGGCUGCCUGGUCCGAACUGUGGCAGUUGACCUGUGCCCAAAGCCGCCUGCUCCAUGACACAGAAACCACUCUCAGAGUCCACAGAGACCUUCUAGAAAUCCUUACUCAGAUUCAGGAGAAAGCAACAAGCCUCCCUAAUGAUGUGGCCCAGGACCUUCGCGGGGUAGAGAACCAGCUGCGGAGACACGAGGUGCUGGAACGUGAGCUGGCAGGCAUGGAACAGCAGCUGCAGGAACUGCUGAAGGCUGGAGGCAGGGUGCAGAAGCUGUGUCCGGGUCCCCAGGCCCUCACCAGUGUUCAGCAGAAGCAGCAAACAGUGACACAAGCCUGGGAGGCCCUCCAGCUGAACAUGGAGCAGCGCAGGGCCCAGUUGGAGCCAGCACACCUCCUGCUCCAAUUCCACACAGCGGUGAGGGACUACACCUCCUGGGUGGCCAGCAUCCAUCAGGAGCUGCAGACGGAGGAGUGUUCCUGGGAACCCAGCAGUAGCCUGCUCAGGCUCAGAGCCCACCAAUGGCUGCGGGCAGAACUGGAAGCCAGGGAGGAACUGCAGCAGCAAGCUGCUAAGCUAGGCCAGCAAGCACUUCUGGCUGCGGGGAUACCCACUAAGGAGGUCCAGGAUGGGCUUCAAGCCCUACAGAAGGAACGUGACCAGGUAUUCAAGGCCUGGACACUCAAGCAAGAGAAGCUGCAGGCCAUGCUUCGAGAACAGCGCCUCCUCAGACAGUGUGAUCAGCUGGCAGAGAUCCUCACAGCCCAGGAGGUAUUCCUAAAGGCCAGUACCCUGGGGAGCUCAGUGGAAGAGGUGGAACAGUUGAUCAGCAAGCAUGUGAUCUUCCAAAAAGUGCUCACUUUCCAGGACAAGAAGGAGGCAGCUCUGCGUGAGCAGUUGAAAACCGUGUCAAGCCCUAAGGGACAGAACCUGGUUUACCAUGUGCUGGAGCAUCGGGCUCAAGUGAAGGAGCUGGCAGAGAGCCGGGGACAGGCCCUGCACACCUCUCUGAUGAUAGCCAACUUUACCAGGGCUGCAACUCAGGCUGAGGACUGGAUCCAGGAGCGGGUCCAGCAACUGAGAGCCUGGAGCCCUCUUGGAAACCUAAAAGAUCAUCCGAAGCACCUGCAGAAACACCAGGCCUUCAAGGCUGAGGUCCAGGCCCAUGAGCAGGUCAUCACCUCUGUCGCCAAGCAAGGUGAAGGGCUCCUCAGACAGAGCCAUCCCCAGACUGGAGAGGUCUCCCAGAAGCUGAAGGCCCUGCAGGAGCUCUGGGAGAAGCUGAGGCAGGCAGUGAGUCUGCAGGGCCAGGCCCUGGAGGACAGACGCAGCUUCCUGGAGUUCCUGCAGAGAGUGGACCUCGCAGAGGCCUGGAUCCAGGAGAAGGAGAGGAUGGUGAACAGUGGUGACACAGGCUUGAACCUUGAGCACUGCCUGCAGCUCUGCAAACAGUUCCGAAAACUACAGGUCACGGUGGAUGACACCUACAUCAGGAGAAUCAGAAACUUGUCACUGCAACUCAAGAAUCAGAGCCCUGAAGAAUCCGAGACCAUCAGCCAGCGGCAAAACCAGCUCAACAAUAGGUGGAAGACUUUCCAUGGCAACCUGCUCCUGUACCAGCAGCGGCUUGAAGCGGCCCUGGAGAUACAUACAUUGUCCAGUGAACUGGAUGACAUCACUGAGCAGAUCAGGGAAAAGGAAUCCCUGAUCCAGGCCCUGGAGAGUACAGAGGAUUUGGAGAAUGUACAGAGGCUACCUUGGAAACAGAGAAUGCUGCAGCAGGGGAUGGCCCUCAUCCAGACUCAGGUGGAGUCUCUUGAAGGUAAGGUUGGCCACCUCUGCAAGAGAAGUCCGGAGGUUACCCGCUGCCUCCUCCAUAAGCAACAAGAAAUGCUGGGCCGCUGGUGGGAGGCCUGGAGCAGGGCCCAGAAGUGGAGAGAGUCCCUGGAUAUGGGCCACAAGGUUUGGAAGCUCCGGAUAUUGCUGCGGGAUCUGCAGGACUGGGCACAGAGACUGAAGGCUGAGAUGGACAUGAGGAGCACCCCAUGCAGCCCCGAGAGAGCUCUGUACAUGCUGCAAGAGCACCAGGCACACAAGGUCGAGCUGGACAUCCAGACAGACAGCCUUAGCCUGGCCCGAGGCAAGGGGCAGCAGCUGCUUGCAUCUGGAUACCAACUGGCCUCCGGGAUUCCACAGGCCCUGGCUGCUGUGGAGCAGGAGUUGAGUAGCUUGGAGGAAUCGUGGCAGAGGCGGCAGCAGCAGCUACAGCAGGCCCUGGAACAGCAGCUACUUCUGAGCUCUGUGGAAAAGGUGGAACGCUGGCUUGACAGUGAGGAGCCCUCUCUACCUAGUGAGAGACUGGUGGACUCCUUGUCCACGGUGGAGACCCUUCUGCCAAAGCACAAGAGGCAUGAGCAGAAGCUUAAGGCAAGGGCUGAGGAGAUCAGUGCACUGGAGGCCACAGCCCACAGCCUGCACCAGAGUGGACACCCUGAGGCCCACAGCAUCCUGGCCAGGUGCCAGGCCCUACUCCUGAGGAAAGAGGCACUCACAGAGCGAGCAAGGGCAUGGGGUCGCCAGCUGGAGGAGCUUCGGACUUUCUUGCAGGAUUCUGAUGAGGUAGCUACAUGGCUGAGGGAAAAGAACCUAGUAGCUCUGGACAGGGGUCAGCAGGACCCAGCCACGAUGCAAACACAGUUGCAGAAGCAGCAGAAUUUCCAGGCUGAGCUGGAGGCCAGUGUUUACCAGCAACAGGAGCUGCAGAUGGAGGGGCAGAGGCUGCUACAAGGAGGCCACCCGGCCUCAGAGACCAUCCGGGAGCGACUUCAAGAACUAGGAGGCCUCUGGGCUGAGCUGCAGACCAACUGCCAGAGGAAGAUGGCCAGACUACAGGGAGCCCACAAGGCUCUGCAUCUGCAGAAGAUGCUGGAGAAACUGGAGAGCUGGCUAGAGUCCAUGAAAGCAGAGCUGAGAGUCCCUGUCAAAAGCCAGGACCUGCCUGGGGUGGGCGAGCUUCUGGGGAAACAGGGAGAGCUGGAAGCAACUGUUGAGAGUCAGACCAGGCAAGUGCAGGAGCUGCAGGGUGAAGUCCAAGCCUGCGUUCAGGAAGGCCACUGCCUCGCCAAAGGUGUGGAAGAGCGAGCCCAGCAGCUGCUUCAGAGGUUCCAGAGCCUUCAGGAGCCCCUUCAAGAGCGCCGGGCAGCCCUGGAAGCCCAGAGCCUACUCUUGCAGUUCUUCAGGGAUGCUGAUGAGGAAAUGGCCUGGGUUCAGGAGAAGCUACCCUCUGCCACAGCCCAGGACUAUGGCCAAAGCCUAAGCACUGUGCAGCACCUGCAGGAGAAACACCAGAAUUUGGAGAAUGAGAUCAGUAGCCACAAGGCUCUGAGCCAGGUGGUGAUGGGUACAGGUCAGAAGCUUGUGCAAGCUGGACACUUUGCCGCUGAAGAAGUGGCUGCCCGUGUGCAGCAGCUGGAGGCUGCUCUAGAGCACCUGCAGACAGAGGCAGCAUGGAGGAGGGGGAUGCUGCAGCAGGCCCUGGAGGCCCAGCAGAUUUUGAUGGAGCUCCUGGAGGCAGGAUCCUGGCUAGCUGAACGGGGUCGUAUUCUGGACAUUGAGGACCUGGGCCAGGAUGCUGAGGCCACACAGGUUCUUCUGCGGCGCCUGGAGGCCACCAUGAGAGACUUGGAGGGGUUCAGGAGUCACAUUGAGCGGCUACAGCAAACAGCAGCCCUUCUGGAGCGUGGGAAGAACCCAGGCAGUCCUAGGGUGCUAUCCCAGCUGCAGGCUGUAAGGGAAGCCCAUGCCCAGCUGCUGCAGAGAGCAGAGGGCAGGGGACAAGCACUGCGGGAACAAUUGCACCUACACCAGCUGGAGCGAGAGGCCCAGCUCCUGGAUGCCUGGCUGACCGCCAAGUUGACUGUUGUUGAGUCCCAGGACUGUGGACAAGACCUAGAAGGCAUCAAGGUGAUGGAAGCCACAUUUGCUGCUUUUAGCAGAGAAGUUCAGAGCCUGGGGCAGGCAAAGGUGCAGACCCUGAGGGAGCUGAUGGCCCCCCUGGAAAGAGGAGCACCCAGGUUCUACCCCCAGAUUCAAGCCCAGAAGUAUCGCAUCCAGGCUGCUUGGGAGAGGCUGAACAAGGCAGUGGAACUCCAUAGAGAGAACCUGGCUGCAGCCCGUGAGCUUCAGAGCUUUGAGCAGGCCGCCUCAGAGCUCCAAGGUUGGAUACAGGAGAAGACCACCCUGCUGGAGGGAGAGUUCCAGGUCCACAGCCUGUCACCUGCACAGCCCCUGCCGCAGAAGCAUAGGUGUCUGCAGAGAGAACUGACAGCUAUUGAAAAAGAGGUGGCAAGAGUCCAGAUGGAGGCCCAUCGACUGGGCCAGAAUUACCCUGUGGCUCAGGAGGGUCUGGCUGAGUGGCUCACCAAGGUGCAGGGGGCUCAGGCCAACCUGGAGGCUAAAGUCCAGGAAUGGAGCCAGAAGCUGUCGCAGGCUACCCAGAGCCACACCUUUCUUGGGCGCUGUCGGGAAUUGCUAGCGUGGUCUCAGGAGCUGGUUUCCUCAGGGGAGCUGGCUGGGGAUGUGGUGGCGGCCAAGCAGUUCCUUGAGCAGCAUGAGGAACUGGACCAAGAAAUUGAGGAGUGCUGCCUUCAAGCCGAGAACACAUGGCAGGAAGGACAGCAGCUGCUAGACAACGGCCACUUCAUGUCCCUGGAGGUGGCAGAGUGUCUGCAGGAGCUAGAAAGACAUCUGCGGGAGCUUCAGGUAGCACGGGACCUGCGUGGGCAACGCUUUGGGCAGAGCCGGGGCCUGCAGCAGCUCCGACAGAGGCUCGAGCUGGCUGAGGCCUGGCUGGCUUCCCAGGAAGGCCUGCUGCUGGACCCCAGCUGUGGGCGCUCAGUGACAGAUGUGGAACACCUGCUCUGCAGACACCAGGCCUUGGAAAAGCUACUGGCGGCCCGUGAAGAGAUGUUCACCCAGCUUCAGACAAUGACAGAGGAGGUGAAGGGCACUCAUGUCAUGGAGGGGCCUGUGGGACUUAAGCAGCAGCCUCCCGCAAAGGGGAGGCAGGUGACAACUAGCUUCUGGAACAGUAACUGUGGGACCAUGGCAAGCAGAGCCCUGAGCCUGUUCCCAGGUAUGAGGGAGGCAGUGGAAGUACCAGGUGGCACUGGGCUAGCUUACAUAGCCCUCCUUAUGCCUGAGCAUGAGAGACUGGAGGACAGGAAGCAUACUUUCUCCCCAGGGUGAGGACUGUAGGCCUGGCCGCUGACAGCAAGCUUGGCUGAGGGGCUGCAGGCAGAGGCCCUGAGCCGGAAGUGGGGGAGUUUACUGGGGCCUGUUUGGGAGGCAGAACAGAGAUCUGUUUGCAGUACUAUCUGAAAAGCAGGCUGCACUCCGGCAUGGCAGGUGGGCUGUAGGGAAGGAAGAAGGUAUAGCAAUGUCAUACAUCUAGACUGACGCACAUUCCUGUGCCUGGAAGGCUCUUGUGAUGCUAUAACAGGUGACGGCCACAGCUGUGGUUUCUGACAGAGCCAUCGCCUCUCUUGCAGGACUCCUGAACUCCAGCUUGAUUCAGAUGGUGUGUAGAUGAAAAAACAGGAUUUGUUCUAGACACAUUAGUUUCUGGCGGUCCUGGGAGUGAGCCAAGGGCAUUGUGCACAUACUCUACCAUGGAGAUAUAGUCUUGGCUAACUUACUUUACAAUUAAGUUGUCUAGAGUAGCCUUGAACUUACUCUUGUAGCCCAGACUGACUUUGAACUUGUGAUCUUCCUGCCUCAGUCUCCUGAGUAGCUGGGAUUACAUUUCAAGCAUCCCAGCUACAUUUCCAGGGCAGGGCCUGAGAACCACUUGCCUGGCUGACAGAGCUUUCAGGACCAUGAGAAUCAAAGUUGUGACAUCCCACUCAUCUCACAGCUCCUACUAGGAGCAGGUGGGAUGUUCCAGGGAGGCAGAGGGCUGAAUACCAUGUUUAGUGGGG